CUCCUUCUCUCUCUAGACUUUCUAUCUCUAGCUUUCCUUUGCUUUUCUAUAUCUCUCUAAAAUAACGGCAUAUUCAUCUCUCUCAAAAAUUUGAGCUUUCUACGGAGACAGAAUCCAUUCAUCAAAAGCAAGAAAAAACCCACAUUGAAUCUCUCUUCGUUUCUCGAUUUUUUCCUUCAAAGAUCCGAAGAAAAACACCCACAUCAUUAACUUACGUGAAUCUUUUAAUAUUUCUCUCUCUAAAACACACACCCAUUUCUCUCUUUCAAUUUUCUUUGCCGGAAAAAAUGGUUGUGAAUGUGAUCAAAUGGAGACCAUGGCCACCGCUUCUGUCAAAGAAAUUCAAAGUGAAAUUGGUGGUGAAGAAGAUGGAGGGGGGAAACUGUGAUCUUGUGCAUGCGGACCCAGAGAAGGAUAAUCAUAGGGCUGUGGAGAUCAGAUGGAAAGGACCCAAGAUCACCUUGAGUUCUUUUAGGAGAACAGUCAAGAGAAAUUUCACAAGGGAGGAGAAGGUUAUUGAGCCAAACGGUGUCGUUCAAUGGGAUGAAGAAUUCCAUUCCAUUUGCACCCUUUCUGGUUCUAAAGACAAUGCCUAUAACCCUUGGGAGAUUGGUUUUACCGUUUUGAGUGGAUUAAACCCAGGACUGAAGAACAAGGUCCCUGUAAUUGGAACAGCAUCUUUAAAUCUUGCUGAAUUUGCUUCUGCUGCUGAAGAAAAAGAUUUCGAUCUCACCAUUCCUCUCACCAUUUCAUGUGGAGCAACCGAGCCUCGCCCCUCUCUUCAUAUACAACUUAGUUUAAUGGAGUUGAGAGGCGAUCAAGAACCAUCAGAAGCAACACAGAGUCAAAGUCAAACAUCAGAAACUUCAUCAGGAGAGAAAGACGAGCUUUCUGCACUCAAAGCAGGAUUAAGAAAAGUCAAAAUCUUUACAGAAUACGUGUCAAUCAGGAGAGGAAAGAAAACCUCCCGUGAAGAUGAUCAAGAAAGUAGAAGCGAAGAGGGUUAUUACUCCUACCGAUUUGAUUCAGAAUCACUUGAGGGAUCUGAAGAAGGCGAAUCAAAUGAAGUCAAAGAAGAAGAUGAUGCUAAUUUCAGAAAGUCAUUCAGUUAUGGCACAUUAGCAUAUGCAAAUUGUGCAGGAGGAUCUCUUUAUGAAGAUGGUGUUUAUUACAGCAACCGAAACCGUAAAUCUGAUCAAAACGAUGAUUCAGUUUCAACCGCUUCUGUUUCUGAAGCUUAUGUUGUUCAGAAUCCUAAAAGAAGCAUUCUCCCAUGGAAGAAACGAAAGCUUAACUUAAGAUCACCAAAAACAAAAGGGGAGCCAUUGUUGAAGAAAGCAUAUGCUGAAGAAGGUGGCGAUGACAUUGACUUUGACCGGCGCCAGCUCAGCUCAGAGGAAUGGGUUAAGGCGAAUCAAUCUUUAAAAUCUGAAUUUGGUGAUGAUAGUUUUGCUGUUGGAAAUUGGGAAGAAAGGGAGAUAGUGAGUCGUGAUAGGUCAAUGAAGAUUCGGGCAGAUGUUUUCUUUGCUUCCAUUGACCAAAGAAGUGAACGGGCAGCCGGAGAGAGUGCUUGCACCGCCCUUGUGGCGGUCAUUGCUGACUGGUUCCAAACUAACCGCCACCUCAUGCCGGUUAAAUCCCAACUCGACUCACUGAUUCGAGACGGGUCGUUAGAGUGGAGAAAAUUAUGUGAAAAUGAAACUUAUAGAAUCCGGUUUCCCGAUAAGCAUUUUGAUCUUGAAACGGUUCUUGAAGCCAAUUUACGCCCCAUGUCCGUGGUCCCCGGGAAGUCUUUUGUUGGUUUUUUCCACCCGGAAGAAGUCGUCGAGGGUAGUUUUGACUUUUUGCAUGGGGCGAUGUCUUUCGAUGCUAUGUGGGAUGAGAUCAGCUGUGAGUCGGAGCUUCAUAACACGGGCGAAGAACCGCGGGUUUAUAUCGUGAGUUGGAAUGAUCAUUUUUUUGUGUUGAAAGUUGACUCGGAUGCGUAUUAUAUUAUUGAUACUUUAGGAGAGAGGCUGUUUGAGGGGUGUAAUCAAGCUUAUAUCUUGAAGUUUGAUAAGAAGACUGUAAUUUAUGAGCUUUCGGAGUCUGAUUCCGGUGAUCAGAUGCCGAUGCCGGGUUCUGAUGGGUCAACAACAACAGCAAGAAAGUCAAUUACAGAAACUCUGGAAACGAAGAUUCAGAGUGAAAAUGUUGUUAUUUGUGAGGGGAAAGAAUCUUGCAAGGAGUAUAUUAAAAGCUUCUUGGCAGCCAUUCCUAUUAGAGAACUGCAAGCGGAUAUGAAGAGAGGUUUACUUUCUUCACCUCUUCAUCACAGGCUACAGAUUGAGUUUCAUUACACCCGUUUACAACCACCACCACCACCACCACCUGACCCUGUCCCCGCCACUGCCAUAUCAGCAGUAGGAGGCAAUGACUCAGCAAACACGGUUGCCACGUAGGAUAGUUUUCACAAUAU